UCUAUAAGUUCUAUCCAAUUCUAUAGAGAGGAAAAAGAGGCAAUGUUGCCAUAAGGCUGUUUCUAAGGAGUCCUGAAUGCCAGGUACGGAUGAAGGCUGUUCAAAACCACAUUUCUUUACUGCUGCUGUUGUGGCUUCUUUGUGUUUCGGGAAAGUGCAUCUCUGAUGUGGUGCAGAGUUCUGUCAGAGUGGUGUCUCCACCCACCUCUCAGCCCAGCUCGUCUCACUGGUCCUUCAAUGAAGCUGAAAUCAAACACAAAGUGUCCAACAUUGCUGAGGAAGAUGAUGAACAUCCUCAGUCUCACAGAUCUAAGAGAAUGAACAGGGGUCAGACUGAAGCCGCAGCUGUUCGACCACAGCCAAUUAGAAUCAACACAUGGACUCCUAGACAGAGCCCCGUCCUCUCAGACUGGAAGAGAGAGAGAGUGGAAGCAGCAGUUAGUGAAGCUGUCAGCACUGUGUCCAACUUACUCUCAGUAAUGAGGGUCACUGGCAGGCUGCUGCUGAACAGAGACAUCAACAAGUACUGCAGAUUCAUCUGGAGGAACAGCAGCAGUGCUAACUACAACAGGUGUGGUAGAGCCAACGAGAAGUACAGAACCGAGAGCUGUCUGGGUGUGACAAUCCCAGAUGAUCACCUGAGUGGCUAUGUUGUCUAUCCACAUCCUGACCAACCAAACCUGCAAGUGCUCAAACCAGAUGGGCUGGGGGUCCCCGACACUGACUUCCUGCUCUACAUGCUCACACAGAGCACUGAUAAAUGCAGAGCUGAUUCCAGUGUGCUGGCCUACUCUGCCCACUGUCAGAUGGAUGCAGAGGGGCGACCUGUGGCGGGGGUCAUGGUCAUCUGCAGAGAGCCACUGGCCAUGAAGGAGUUCAGUCAUCAGCACGUGGUGCAGACGGUGAUCCAUGAGCUGUUCCACAUGCUGGGUUUCAGUAGAGAACUUUUCAGCACAUGGAGAGACUGUUUCCUCACCUCUCAGACAGUGGGCUACUGCUCUCAUGGUCAUGUGACUAACACAGAUGCAACAGGACAGAUGAGGCUUUACUCUCCUAGUGUGAUAAAAGCUCUACAUGCACACCUCAACUCUAAACACACUGAACUGGGAGCUCCGCUGGAGAACCAGGAUGCUGGUGUUGGUGGUCUUUCUUCUCACUGGGAGGCUCGGGUUCUGCAAGGUUCUAUCAUGACGGCUGCACUGGCAGAACCCUCUCUGGUCCGGAUUGACCUGGUCACUCUCUCUGCCCUGCAGGACACAGGAUGGUACUCAGUCAACCUCAGCCAAGCCCAGAGCCUGGUGUGGGGAGAGGGUGAAGGUGCUCUGUUUGGAUCUCUUUCCACCUGCAAGUUCUCAUCUUUCUUCUGUACUGGCAGUGGACUGGGCUGCCAUUACCUUCAUCUCCACAAGGGGGAGUGCCAGAGUGAUGAGUAUUUAGAGGGUUGUCGCAUUUAUAAACCUUUGGCCAAUGGGAGUGAGUGUUGGAAAGAAGAGAAUGAAAGAGGGAAUGGAGCAGAGGAGUGGCGUGGAGAGAUCUAUCGCUCAGAAAGCCGCUGUUUUCUCUCCAGCCUCAUUAGAGAGGAUCAUUCCUUCCUCAGUGUAUCUGUGGCAGGCUGCUGUUACAGGCACAGGUGCACUGGGAGGAACAUGUAUCAGAUCCAGGUGGAGGGCUCUGAUUGGCUCAACUGUCCUGCAGGUGAGAGUAUUGAGGUGGCUGGUUAUCGGGGUGUAGUUUACUGUCCAGACAAGAGAUUAUGUCAUUACCAUGAUGUCAUUCCUCCAGUCUCUUCUCACAUACUUUCUGCUGCAUCCACAUCCAGUGAGAGAGAGCACACUCAACUGACUUCUCCAUCCAGCAUGAACUUUGACCCUGCUCUUAACUUCUCCACCUCCACAUCAACAUUCAGGACGCUGACGAUUGUGCCAUCUGUUUUGAGCACAACUGCUGUUCUGUUUUUGUUGGCUGUUCUCAUUGUCGCCUCCAUAAAGUGCUCAGUCAGUGUAAGAGUGCAUGCACUAACAGAAGCUCCUCAAGUGUUACAGGUACAGACAACAUAAAGCUUCUUACAGGAUGAAGUCCACCAGUUUUUCUGCAGAACUGAAUCUAUAACAUGUAAAUAAAGUAAUUCAGAGUGGUUUGAUGUGAAAUUUUUAUAGCGGUGGUGGAAGGAACCGAACAUCAGAAGAGUUAAAUGUCCAUAUAGGCUACUUCACAAGAGUUUACUACACAAAAUGGUCAUAUAAACAUUGCCUUAAGCCUAAACAUUGAAACAUGAUAGUUUUGAGGUGCAAUUUUAGACCCCUACUUUAAAGGAUUUCUCUAUGAUCUCAUACCAAACCACUCUGAAUGACUUUGUUUAGACCUCAAUGUUUAAAUUAUAUCAGGGUUGCUAUGAAAGGGUUUGCACAUCCAUAACAGUGUGUGUCAUGGUGAUUUAAAUUUGCAUGGCAAGUUUGCGCAUCUCAGUUGUUUUCUGUCAUCAGAUAGGAUGAGCUGUUUGCUGUAUUAGAUAUGUUUGAUUUUACACACCUGUUAGCAAUGGGUGUGGCUUAAACACCUGAUUGGGAUGAGUGCUCACGUACAUACGUACAUCGGACUAUCAGAUGGUUUUUACAUGGACAACCACUCAUAGAAAUGUCUACAGUUACAUUUACAUUUUCUCUUGAGUGUAGGGCUGAAAGAUUGUUUUAUAUCAAAAUCGCAAAAUUUGAAAGGGCAAUUUUCAAAUCAAUAAGAUGCAUGAUGUAUUUUAAUAAAUAUGUUACUGCUUUUUCCCUUUUUUA